CAUAAAAAAACAAAUACAAACAAAACAAAACACAAAGGUGCAAGAAAGCAAAUAGAAGAGGUUGAGUUUGUUUGGUUUCUUUGAAUCUUUGAUUCAUUCACAAUCCCACUAAUCUAUCCAUUUAUGUUAAUUUAUUAUUCUUAAACGUGUUUUUAAUUCCUAAUUUAUAGCCUAAUCCUUUUCCUUGGCUCUUUUCAACCCGUUUCGCUAUAGUUAUUACUCUCUUAAUAACUCUCACAAUUAUUGUAAUUAUUGAUUUUGUUCUUCAGAGAAAAGUGUCUAGAGAGAGAAAGAGGAGAGAGAGAGAGGAGAGAGGUUGUUGAGUUUGGGAAUGGUGAUAAUAAACCAAGAGAGGAAGAAAGAAUGCAAAGGAAUACGAUUGGGGAAAUACGAAUUGGGAAAAACACUUGGUGAAGGAAAUUUCGGAAAAGUUAAGUUAGCAAGAAACACUGAUUCGGAACAGUUUUUUGCGGUUAAGAUUCUCGAGAAAAAUAAGAUUGUUGAUCUCAACAACACUGACCAGAUUAAAAGGGAGAUAUCGACGUUGAAGCUUUUGAAACAUCCUAACGUUGUUAGGUUAUACGAGGUCUUGGCUAGCAAAACCAAAAUUUAUAUGGUGCUUGAGUAUGUGAAUGGAGGAGAAUUAUUUGACAAAAUUGCAUCAAAAGGUAAACUAACAGAAGCUCAUGGUAGGAAGAUGUUCCAACAAUUGAUUGAUGGUGUGAGCUGCUGCCACAACAAAGGUGUCUUCCACAGAGAUCUUAAGUUAGAAAAUGUACUUGUGGAUGCCAAAGGGAACAUAAAGAUAACCGAUUUUAACCUCAGUGCUCUUCCGCAACAUUGUGGGGCAGAUGGGUUGCUACAUACAACUUGUGGAAGUCCAAAUUAUGUUGCCCCUGAGAUUCUUGCCAAUAGAGGCUACGACGGUGCGAAAUCGGAUAUUUGGUCAUGUGGUGUUAUCUUAUAUGUAAUUCUAACAGGAUACCUUCCUUUCGACGACAGAAAUCUCGCAGUUCUCUAUCAAAAGAUUUUCAAAGGAGAUGUUCAAAUUCCGUUAUGGUUGUCACCUGGCGCUCAAAACAUCAUAAAGCGAAUUCUUGAUCCGAAUCCCGAAACAAGAAUAACAAUGUCUAUGAUUAAAGAAGAUGAAUGGUUUAAACAGGGUUAUAAUCCUGCAAACAGAGACGACGAGGAAGAUGAUGUGUACAUUGGCGACGAAGCCUUUUCCAUCCAAGAAGUGUGCACUGAAGCAGACCUGGCUAGUCCAAAAUCGCCGAAGCUAAUCAAUGCGUUUCAGUUGAUAGGGAUGUCUUCGUGUUUAGACCUCUCUGGCUUUUUCGAGAAAGAGGAUGUCUCGGAGAGAAAGAUACGAUUUACAUCGAACCAUUCUCCGAAAGAUUUGACGGAAAAGAUUGAGGACAUUGUAAUAAAGAUGGGUUUUAGCGUUCAGAAAAAAAACGGAAAAUUGAAAGUGAUACACGAGAAUAAAGCGCAUAAAAGUCUAGGAAGCCUCUCGGUUGCAGCAGAGGUUUUGGAAAUAGGUCCAUCAUUGUAUGUAGUAGAACUAAGGAAAUCUUAUGGAGAUGCAACUGUAUAUAGACAAUUAUGCAAGAAGUUGUCAAAUGACUUGGGUAUAGCCAAGACGGCACAGCUUGUGAGCUCGGAAAUGAUAAGCGUGUGUAUGAAGAAAAUAAGUUAGAAGUCAGAUAAUGUAAAUUUUUCUCUUUUUGUUAUCUGGUGGAUUAGUUAUGUUAGAUGUCAUGGAUUCGAAUCCAGAGCUUUGCCGCUCGUUGUGAUUCUAUUUAGCUGGAUGGAUUAUGAAUUAGUCUGUGCAGUUGCAUGCAUAUGAUUUUCAUCAAUUGUAAGUAUACCAUUUGAAGAAAAUAAGUAGUAUGUAUGUUUCCUAGUGCUUAGUCAACAACUAUUUUACGCAGAUUCAUCAAUGGCCUCCAAGCUUUGUAAGGAGUUAGACCAUGUACAAAACCGAUGGCAAAAGUAUUUGCACUACAUGGCUAUGGCCAGCUAGCAACGUCAAGUCUCUCUCGUUUUUGUGCUCACAUGAAAGGAUGCACAUGUGGUGAGUACGUAAAAGAGAGAGCUUUGAUGUAUGUUAGUCGGCCAUAAACCAUGUAUUGUGAGUAUUUUUGACGUUAGUUUUAAGGUCUAGGCAUAUUCCUUCAAAAACGGCCAUUCAUUGUUCUAUUUGCGAGAAAUAAUUGUUAGCUAAAAAAUACGAAUGGAGAAUUAUAAAGGGAUCCAUGGAGUGCACUAUGUGUAAAGAUGAAAUAUUGAAUUAAGUGUAUUUAUAAUUAUUGCUUAAACAAAUGGAUUCAUAUUCAUAUGUA